AUGGGACCCUUCUCAAAUACCCAGGUCUUUGCCUGUGUCUGCAUGUUCCUGCUCUGGAAUAAUAUCCAGCCAAGUGUGGAAAAUGAAUUUAUUGCAAAUUAUUCAAGCCGUUUGCUCACCAGUGUUCCAAACACCAUUCCAGUCCAUACUCAGGUGUUAGAUCUAUCCCAUAAUAGGAUCUCUGGACUUAGUGCCUCGGAGUUUAUUUCUCUUUCUGACCUCCGAGUGUUAAAUCUUUCUCAUAAUCUAAUUACGGAGCUCGACUUCGGCGUCUUCUUUUUCAAUCAAGACUUAGAACACUUGGAUUUGUCUCAUAACAGCAUUUUGAAAGUUUACUGCCUGACUCUCGCCUCCCUCAGGCACUUGGAUCUCUCUUUCACCAAGUUGGCUGCCCUGCCCCUCUGUCAGGAAUUGGGGCAGAUGUCCCGUUUGGAGUUCCUGGGGCUGAGCGCCGCGACGCUGCGACGCUCCCACUUCAGGUACCUCACGGGUUUGCGGCUCCGCAAGGUCCUCCUGACCUUGGAAGACUUCUCCCUCUACGAGCCUCAGAGCCUGAGGGCCCUGGACACGAGGAGCCUCCACCUUGUUUUUGCAGGAAACCAAAACUUCAGUUUUCCCCUCCUGUACGACGGAAUGAGCACUUCAGAAACCUUAAGGAUUGAUAAUUUAAGAUACACCUUGAGCUCUGGCUAUUUCCCCUCUCCUCCUUUAACGCUUCUGAAGGAGAUCAAGACAACAGCUCUGAUGCUGGACACCGUGGACUUACAAUGGCCUGUCAUUUUGCAGAUUUUCCUGCUGGUUUGGUAUUCGCCUGUGGAACGUCUGACUGUGAGACAUUUGACUUUUUGGGGACCCGUGGAGGAGCUGCCCGGAUAUGAAUUUCUACCUUUAUUAAGUUCUCUGGAGGAAAGAAUUUCUCUGAGUGGCUCCAUGAAGGCGCUGACUUUGGAGCACGUUCGGAACAAGGUUUAUUAUUUCAACCAGGAGGUUCUGUACCGACAGUUUUCGGAGAUGCCUCUUGCCAGCUUGACCAUCUUCGAUGCCUCCAUGCCCCACAUGCUCUGCCCCAACAGAACAAGCUCCUUCCAGUACUUAAAUUUUUCUCACAACGCCCUGACGGAUGAAUUGUUCCAGAACUGUGGCACUCUGACAGACCUGAAGUUCCUUGUUUUACAGAGGAAUAAAUUGGAGAGCCUUCCCAAGGUCAGCUUCAUGACCAGCCGUAUGAAGUCGCUGAAGUUCUUGGACGUGAGCAGCAACUUGCUGAGCUACGAUGGGCCUGCUGAGCCGUGCCGCUGGGCCCAGUCCCUCUCGGAGCUGGACCUGUCCUCCAACCAGCUGACGGAUGCCGUGUUUGAGUGCUUGCCAGUCAACGUGCAGAAGCUGGAGCUGCAGAACAACCAGAUCAGCAGUGUCCCCAGGGGGAUGGCGGAGCUGAAGUCCUUGAGAGAGCUGAACCUGGCGUCCAACCGCCUGGCUGACCUGCCGGGCUGCGGGGGCUUCCCGUCGCUGGCCUUCCUGAACGUGGAGAUGAACGUGAUCCUCACCCCGUUGGUGGACUUCUUCCAGAGCUGCCCGCGGGUGAGGGAGCUGCAGGGCGGGCACAACCCCUUCAAGUGCUCCUGUGAGCUGCAGGCCUUUGUGCGGCUGGAGAGGCGCUCUGGGGGGAAGCUGUUUGGCUGGCCGGGGGCCUACGUGUGCGAGUACCCGGAGGAGCUGCGAGGAAGGCUCCUGGAGGACUUCCACCUGGCCGAGCUGGCCUGCAACACCACGCUCCUGCUGGUGACGGCUCUGGUGGUGACGCUGGCGCUGGUGGCCGUGGUGGCCUUUCUGUGCAUCUACCUGGACGUGCCGUGGUACGCGCGGAUGACGUGGCAGUGGACGCAGACGAAGCGGAGAGCUCGGCACCAGCAGCCCCAGGAGCAGGAGGGGGCUCUGCAGUUCCACGCCUUCGUGUCCUACAGCGAGCGGGACGCGGCGUGGGUGAAGGAGGAGCUGAUGCCCAACCUGGAGAGGGGGGAGGGCCGCGUCCAGCUGUGCCAGCACGAGAGGAACUUCAUCCCCGGCAAGAGCAUCGUGGAGAACAUCAUCACCUGCAUCGAGAAGAGCUACAGGUCCAUCUUUGUGCUGUCUCCCAACUUUGUGCAGAGCGAGUGGUGUCACUACGAGCUGUACUUUGCCCACCACAAGCUCUUCAGCGAGACUUCCAACAGCUUAAUCCUCAUUUUGCUGGAGCCCAUCCCUCCGUACGUGAUCCCCGCCAGGUACCACAAGCUGAAGGCUCUGAUGGCCAAGCGAACCUACCUGGAGUGGCCCAAGGAGAGGAGCAAGCAGCCCCUUUUCUGGGCCAACCUGCGGGCAGCCAUUAACGUGAAGCUGCCAGUGGCUGAUGGACAGAGGUGUGGGGAAACAGAUUAGGAAUCUUGCUCAUGGAGUUUCUUCUGCUUUUUUUUAUUCUGGGUGAAGCAAUAAAUGCUUUAUCAUUUCCA